CAGGAAAUGCUGCGGCAGCUGAGGAAAACUUUGUUAUGGAGAUCUAAGUCGAGGGCUCCCCAAUAUGGACACUGGUUCCACUGUGUGACUCGAACAGCACAUUUGGCAGAGAACAUUUUAUGGUAGGUAUAGAAAUGACUGCCACCAAAAGAGAGAGAGAGCUCUGCAAUGAUCGCCAUGUAAUCAUUUAGCUCAUGUCGUCUGUGUGGAAACACAGAGCAAAUAACUUCUGUAUAACGGCUGAACGAAAUACAGAAUUCUGCCAAGGAGAGUGUACGAGUGGAGGUGAUUUUUGUGUUUUUAAGCGUUACUGAAAAGUCGGCGCAGUCUAAAAGGUGUUGCGGCUUGUUGGUGGUGUAGAGAGAAAGGAGAGCAGAAAGGUCUAUAUCUGCACCUGACAAAAUGUGGGUCCGGAGAUUAUUGGACACUUGCGGAGGUUCCAUGGCUGUGGCAUUUGGGGGAAUAGCUAGAGACGUAGCUGUAUGGAGGGUGAAAGUAGAGGGGCGGGCUGGUUGAGGCCUGCCGAGAAGGAGUGGGGGUGGAGCUGGCUCUGAAGGUGGAGGCAUCCUCAUGCCUGAGGCGGUUCCGAAGGCAGGAUAGAGUGAGUGGGGAGGAGCUGGAAAAGGUAAACACUGGGCUGGAGCGUUGGUCAUUAGCGGAGGCAGCCUCGCACUUGAAUUCACUCCGAAAGCCCAAGGGUAGGACAGGGGGAAAGAGCUGGGGAAGGCUGGUUGAGGAGAAGGAUUUAGAGCCUCUGAGGUUGGUGAAACACCGAGCAGUGGCGGCGGGCAGACUCCUGCAUACAGGUGCCCGGUAGUUGGGAGCGAAGUGAGCGGAGGUUGGCAAGAGAGAGAAAGGAGAGGUGGCGGCUUGCUAGGUGCUUGGCCUGAUGCUGACGUCACACUGGCUGAAGGCCUUUUACAGGAUGGCAGUUUGGUGAGGGAGAAAUGGCCUGUACCUGAAACCCCGGAGAGUUGUGAGCAGUCGGGGUGUUUGCGAGCUGGAACGUCGCAUCUGGAGAAACUGGUAGAAGGUAUAGUUGGGUGGUCGACAGAGGUUGAAGAUCUGAGUGAUCUGGACGGCGGAGGAGAGGUCUGAUUCCUCCGUCUUGGAGUGCGGGUUGCUGAGCGAGAAGCCCUGCGUCCUUGGCUUGGAGCAGCCGGAUCGAUGACAGCAUUGGAUGAAGAAGUGUCUUUGCCGGAAUCGGAUGGCUGUGAUGAAGCAAUGGUGGGAGAGUUGAAAAGUUCCUCAUCAGAGGGAAAGAGAUCGGACAUUUUGCUGGCUUGAGGGUGGGACCCACUUGUCGGGAGAGUUGUCACAGGAAGCAGACACCAAUAAUGACUGGCCAGACUUGUGGACAGCCAAACAAAAAGAAGAUUUUAAAUCCAAGAACCCCAGGAUGUCUGGUCUGUAGCAGUGUGAACUCCAUUGGAAUCAUCAAGGAGCAAGGUGUAUCUCUCGAUAGAGAAUGGAUGAAAUUUGAAAUACAAGAGUCUGGCCAGGGAAGUAGAGAGACAAGUCUGUCAGUCUUGAGAAAUAAGGUGAGGAAACAUUCUUUGUCUAAGGCCCACACUCAAGUUGUGAAGCUGGCAGAACAACAGAAAGAAGCGGUCACUGAGAUUGCAGUGGAGGCUAUGACUGAGUCCUACAUGAAGGAAAUCUAAGCUGUGUUUCGAACAGCCUACCAUUUGGCCAACAAGAACAGACCCUUUUCUGACCAUGACAGCCUCAUUGAGCUGCAGGAAUUGAAUGGUAUAAAGAUGGGCUCAAUACUUCAUUCACGUUACAGUGCAACACAAAUAACCAAACAUGUUGCCAAUGAGAUGCAGAGCAAAACUGUCAGUAGCAUAAUAGCAUCAGCGAGUUUCAGUUAAAGCAUCAGUUCAAGAAGAAGAAAGCCCUGAAUUCAUAUUCCUUGAGCUUGUUGAACUGGAAAAUCAGAGAGCAGAUGGCAUAGUAGAGGGUUUACUCACUUGUUUAACUAAUGCUGGCUUUACAGAAGAAUGGCUUCUUGAAAACUGGGUAACAUUUGUCACUGAUGGCGCCAGCAUCAUGUUAGGAAAAAAUUCAGGAGUAGCAACCAGGUUGACCUUGAGAUUCCCAAAGCUUUUUGUAUGGCACUGUAUGAACCAUAGACUUGAACUAGCUGUGUCAGAUGCAGUUGAUGAGGUAAACUCUGUCAAUCACUUUAAAGCUUUUAUGCACAAGCUAUAUUCUCUGUAUAGUAUGUCAAACAAAAAUGAAUGUGAACUCAAAGAUGCAGCAGCUGAAGUAGGCUCACAACUUCUUCGCAUUGGCAGAGUCUUGGAUGUACGCUGGGUGGCCAGUAGCUUUUGGACUGUUCAUGCUGUUUGGACAUCACUGGGAGCUCUUGUGCAGCACUUUAAAAAUGCUUGUUCUGAUGAGAGGAGGUCCAACAAUGAGAAGCAAAUGUACAGAGGUUUAUUGGACCAUGUUCAAAGUCCUGAAUUUCUUUGUGACCUUGGGCUCAUGUAUGACACUCCAUGAACUAAGUGUCCUGUCACAGGAGCUUCAGGCUCAUUCUAUAACUCUCCUCAGAGCACAGCAUCUGCUGAAACGCACAAUCAGAGUGAUACAUUCAUUUAAAGAGAGUCCAGGUGAGAAAUAUGGUGAGGCUUUAGAAGCAAAAGAGAGUGGGGUGUAUCGAUCUAUAGCCUUGAAAAGAAAUACAAAGCUGAAGUCUGUCAAUCCAGGCCAGUUCUUACAAAGCCUUGUGAACAAUCUUGAGCAACGCUUGUCUUUCAAAGAUGAGACCAUCAAGAACCUCAGCAUCCUUGCUCAGAGUAAAUGGCCAUCAAACUCAAGCAUCCGCCAUGGUGAAGAACAAGUUAAGCGACUGUGCAAACAAUUUAACUUGUGCACAAACCAAGCACUGAAUGUGAUGCGGGACCUACUGGAAGAGCCCAACAGUGAGCCCAACGACAUAAAACCGCUCAUUAACUGUAUGAAAACAUGCCCUGUCAGCACAGCAGAGUGUGAAAGGAACUUUAGCCUUAUGAACAAUAUCAGCACAGACAAAAGGGCUGUCCUACUGGUCUCAAACAUAUCAAACUUAAUGAUGAUUAACAUCAACGGACCCCCUACUUCCAAGUUUGAUCCUAGAAAGUAUACAAGGACCUGGUUGAAGAGCCACCGUGCUGCCUCUUCUGUGCGUUCUAGACAAUGCAGUGUGAAAACCCCUGUGAAAACCCCUGCAGAGAGCAAGUCUGUCUGGAAUAUAUUGUAGUACAGGGGUAGACAGGCUGUUGACAGGUUUCAGAACCUGCACUGACAAUAAAUCUUGUGUUCAAAAUCAGUUAUUUGUUAUUUCAUAUUUAUAUAAGUAUUGCACUACUUACCUACCUGAAGUUAAGUCCCUUGAGCCAAAAAUAUGAGCACUUAUUUAGAAACCCUGCAUUGGGUUGAGAGAGUAUAUCACUGUGGUUUUCAUGAAUAUGUUGUAAAAUGUAUAUAUUUUUGUUCAUUAUAUUUAGCUCAAAAUCAGUUAUUUGUUGUUUCAUAUUUAUAUAAAUAUUGCACUUCAUUAUAUUUAACUAAAUAUUGUUAUUUUUAACAUAUUAUUUUGAGUAUAUUGUUGAAUUCUUUGAAUGAUGAUGAUAUUUUAAUGUUUGUUAAAAAUAAACUAAUCUCUGACUGAAACACCAUGCUUGCCUCAUCUUGAAUAUAUCUUAUAUUCAUGCAUUAGGCCUGUGUAGGACCAGUAAUACUUGCAAAAUGCCCCCUUAAACUUAUAAUGGUGGCACAUUCUGG